AUGGCUGCUUCUGCUAUACGGCAAGCAGGAACAUACUUUGGCCGAUGUUUACCGCGCCGUGCAGUCUUAACUGUACCUUCGAGUGAUUGGAAGAAGUUAACUAAACUUCCAACAUUUACCAAUACCGAUUGUGUGGUGCUCGAUCUAGAAGAUGGUGUAGCUGAAAGUGCCAAACAACUAGGACGUGAAAAUAUUUUCCGGUAUUUAAAUGAAUCAACAUCGAACUUCAAUCGAGAAAUAUGUGUGCGAAUCAAUGCUGUGACGUCAAGUCAUAUUAACGAUGAUGUUAAGCUUAUCAAAGACUUGUCAACAUCAGUUGAUUGUCUGUUUGUACCUAAAGUUGACUCGGUGGAUGAUAUGAAAUGGCUGGCGGAUCGUCUUGGCUCCAAAUGUCAAUACAAUUUGGUUUUAUACUGCGAAAGUGCGCGAAGUUUAGUUGAUCUUCGUUCGAUCCUCACCAUUGCAUCAAGUCUCUUUUCAUUGCAAGGCGUUGUGUUUGGUUCCGAUGAUUUUUCAGCUGAUACUGGUAUCAAUGGUCGAUAUUCACUUGAAGCAUCAGAAUUAACGUACGCGCGACAGAAGAUCGUCACUACUUGUCGUCUAUUUGAAAAUGCUCAACCGAUCGAUAUGGUUUAUAUUAAUUUCAAAGAUUUAGACGGACUGAAGAAACAAGCUGAACAAGGUGCCGCGUGGGGUUUCACUGGCAAGCAAGUAAUUCAUCCUCAACAAGUACCUAUUGUUCAAGCGGCAUUCUCUCCGUCAGAAUCGGCUAGAGUCUGGGCCAAGGAGCUAAUUGAAGCUUACGACAGACACGAAAAGGAAGAAGGCAAAGGAGCAUUCACUUUCCGUGGGCAAACCAUGGACCUGCUUGAUUGUUUGCACACAGCUUAUAUCUCAGGUCUUCCAUGGAUGGCCGAGAAACUUCAAUCUAGAAAAAUUUUACUUUUGUACUUACUAAGUACUCCUGCUGUUAUGUCUGCAACCAUUGUCAUAGAAUUAAGUGCUCAUUUCUUCUACUGGCUCGUAUUCGACUUUAGUGGUCCUGACCCACAGGGAACAGAUACAAAACUCAAUGUUCCACCUUAA